AUGGCCAAAGACGAUCAUCAUUGGAUUGAGUCCACCAUUCAAGCCGACAUUGGUCCUCGCUCUUCAGUUGGUGUCUUGUUGAGUAAUGACCUCCCUCCGAAAGUCGUCAAAAUCUUGCCGUCCUCAAGCUUCCUCGGACGGCUCUUUGUAGGCGAUCGGAUCGUGUCCAUCAAUGGUCAGGUAAACAAAAUAUGUAAAACCGAUAUUUAAAGUGGGGGACCUGAUCCAGUGGCAAAAAACGUACCAUUUUGUAUCCGGGAAGUAUCAAAAAUGUGGCAAAAUGCUUCCCUCCCCUGCGCACCCGCUCUUUUGGUGGGGGAAAGGACCCUUCAAAACGAAGUUUUUCACUUGGAGAGGGAAGCAUUUUGCCACAUUUUUGAUACUUCCCGGAUGCAAAAUGGUACGUUUUUUGCCACUGGAUCAGGUCCCCUGUAAGUGCGUAGAAUUGAAAUCUUCAUUUGAAAAUUAGUAUUGCUGCGCUCAUUACAGCCCAUCAAGAACUUCCAAGAGAUGCACAAACUUUGCAAAGGCAAGAUUUCCCUCAAACUUUGUCGAGAUGAGUACUGCACGGUGCAGGCCACCAGUCUACCCGACCCGAAGCCCGGCUUUCAAGCAUUCGACUUUGACAUCAAAUGGAGAGAAGGCGGAAUGCCCAUUGGAAUACUCGUGUGCACGGUAAGUGUAACGAUCACAAUCACAUUCACUCUAAUAAAAUUUUUUAGGAUUCCGAAAAACAAGUGAUGGUGAGUAUGAUCGAGAAUGGAAGUUUGGCCAGUUCCAGUCUAAGACCCGGCGAUAUCUUGGUCAAAGUGAAUGACACAGCCAUCAGUGACCGGAAUGUCGCUAAGAAGGUCAGUUUAGUACUCAAUGGUUAGAACAAAUCAUCGUUUUUAUAUUGUACAUCAUAUGAUCUUUUCAGUUGAUCCUCGACAGUGUGACCGCCAGCAAUCGAGUCAAGUUGACUGUGCAUCGUCAGAUCGAACGUGACGUCCCAUCUCUUAUCCACUCCACCGUCGCAAGUCCCGGUAACCCUCCCAAUGACCUCCGCUCUUCGAAAGACACUCAAUCCGAAAAAUCACAAAAGUCUGAAGUGAAAUCCAUUACUGCUACUGCCAAGCCCGCUCGACCGAAGCCCAAAGGUCUUCCGAAUUUUGAUACCCUCGUUCCUCCCGAUGUUUUGGCCAUUAUGGAGGCCAACAAAGAUUUCUGGAAGAAGCCCAAUUCCAAUCCACCAAUUCUCAAGAGCCGCUCGGCCCCUGGUCUGUCUAUUAAUGAACUUUAUGAAAAAAGCCUGCCCAGACUAAUCCCUUAUUCUUUCAGGACCUCGAAUCAACCUCGAAGGCCAAGUCGAAGAGACUCAAAUCGCCUAUGAACCCGGUCCAAAGCCCCUUCGAAACACUCCAAAAAGAGUUGGUUCUUAA